AUGCUCUCCUCCGAUGAAGUUAGACGAGAAGAGUGUACUUGCAAUUGUGGUUUACCUCCAUGCAAGACAAAUGAUCGAAAACCUAGGAACUUGGUAAGAGGUAAUAUGCAUCGCCAUCGUAGACCCAAGACUACGAGACCGAAAAAAAGAUUCAGAUUUAGCAAGUGUAUGGAUUUUGAAGGUACUGAUUACAAUUUGAUCACUUCAGUCGAAUAUCUCAACGAGAAAUAUGAUAUUCGUAAGAGCCACUACAUUGAGAAAUUCAUCAAGUGUAUCCACAAAAAGAUUGAUCAUGACGUCAAUAAGAUAUCCGAUAACUACGUCCAUUCGCUAGGACCAUGGGUUAAAAUCAAAUUCUUCCUAUUGCUAGUCACUCUGUCUCAAAGAGGUGGUCCCGAAUACUGGAUGGAUAAGGAUCAAAACGAUGAUAGUGCCACUACGAAUAUUGAUGAGGACAAGGAUAAUAAAACACAUUCAAAUCGCCACAACCAUAAUAAAACGGAAAAUGAUACUAAAAAAAAUGCAAUCUUUUCACUAACGGAACAUAUUAUGCGUCAAAACAUUAAUCAAGAUUUUACAGAGUCUACUUAUGAUGAGAAUUACGUUUUUUCAUCCAUUUGGGCCAAUUUUAUGGAGGGACUAAUGAACCACUAUUUAGAGCAAGUGAUUGUCCCGCAUUCUGAAAUGAAAGUUUGCCAACAGUUGUACAAGCCAAUGAUGAAGAUUAUUUCAUUGUACAAUGAAUAUAAUGAACUAAUGGAGAAAAGUGAACACAAUGGGUUUUUACCAGCACCUGGUGAUACGAAGGAUCCAUUAAAAUUGGGCAAAAGUGUGGCAGAAACAUAUGAGGUUGGUGAUUGUGUUACGCAGGAAAGAUUACAAAGAGCCCAAAAAUUGUUAUGGCAGGCGCGUCAAGAUAUCCCCAAGACGAUCAGUAAAGAAUUGACUCUGCUAUCAGAGAUGUAUUCGACACUAUCGGCUGAUGAACAGGAUUACGAAUUGGAUGAAUUUGUAUGUUGCGCUGAGGAAUACGUCGAAUUGGAAUAUUUACCUAGCUUAAUCGAUGUACUUUUCCAAAACUGUGGAUCCAUCAAUUUUUGGAAAAUAAUGAUCGUACUAGAACCAUUUUUCUACUACAUUGAAGAUGUAGGUGAUGAUGGCGAUACUGAGUCUCAAAAUGGCACUAACGAUGAAAUGCUCGAUGAAAGCGGUGGUGACGGUGGUGAAUUAUUACAUUCUUUUAAACCGGAUCCCCGUGUUAUCAUACUGGAAAAAAUUUGUGAAGUUGCCGCUAGACAGAAAUGGAUUUGA